AUGUCUACAAUUCCGGUUCGCGGAUUCCGAAUUCGAACAAUCGGCGGCCUUCGUUACGGAGCAGCUGCAGCGGUGAACCCCGUCAAUCUUGGUGUCAUCCCACAAAGCCGACCCGUAUCCACUUCACAUAUCACAUCUCUGAUCGGUAAUUUGUCAAAAUGUGAACUUCGUCCUGUAGCUGUCGUUCAAGGCACGAGAUCGUUCUGCUCAGGCAAACUCCCACCACACAAACGUAUUGCGUUGCCUGCACUCUCUCCUACUAUGGAAACCGGUAACGUAGUCAGUUGGCAAAAGGUGAUGUAA